AUGCUCUAAUCUAUAAUUCGCUUUUCUUUUAGUAAAUUUGUUCCAUCAAAAGUUACAUGUUGGAAUUGUAAAUCAAAUGAGUUUAUAAACAGAUUUAUUUGUGGUUAGUGCAAAUAUUUAAAAGAGCCUUCUCUUUAAUUAGGAGAUGUUAAUUACUUUUAGCUUUUUGAUUUACCAAUUCAAAUUAAUAUAGAAACCAAAUAUUUAGAAGACAAAUAUAGAUCAUUACAAUUAAAAUUUCAUCCUGAUCGAUUUGUGACUAUGCCUUAAAUCAAUAUUUCAUAUAGUUAAGAAUAUUCUGCCUUUAUCAAUGAAGCUUACUCUGUAUUGAAAAAUAUUCAUGAGAGAGCAGAAUACAUUGUAUAUACAUUAAAUAUAAUUUAGUUGUCUUUAAAGGGAUUUUAAAUUAAAGAGUGUAGUGUAUUAUUAGAUCUAGAGUUUAUGGAAGAAAUUUUAGAAUUAUAAUCUUAAGUGCAAAGAUAACAAAAUAUAUCUGAAAUUAAUAAAAAGAAUAAUUUAGAAAUUGAAAGAAUGACAUAAUAAAUAAUUUAAGAUAUCUCAAAUGAGCAAUAUGAAAAAGCCUACUAAAUCAUACUUUAUUUAAAAUAUAGAUAAAGAUUAAGGGAUUAGAUUUCAAUACAUAUCUGA